AAUUGAUAGUCGUUACUGAUAAUUAUUCUUUCAGAAAUUUUAGCAACCAAUUUAUUUAUUUUAAAUAAAAAUGCAAGUGGAUAAGAUAGCCGUGAAAUACAUUUCAAUGUUAGAACACUUUUCAGGGGAGUGGGCCAAUCACCUCCAGAGACAUGGAUUCAUCGUUGGCCACCCUGCUGUGCCAGUGAAGAGCAACCUUCCGAAUUAAGUUAAAUGUAGUAUUUUAUUUUUGGGGGCCACCGUAGGCGACCGGCGCAGCGAUAGUUCCGUAAUCGAUAGAAGCCACAGCAACCAGAGUUGGGAAUAAAGUUCGACAUGGACGAGAAGCACCGCCUCGUGGUCUACGACUGUGAUAUUGGGACGGAUGAUGCCUGGGGUCUGGCCAUGAUGCUGCGGGCCGAGGAGGUGACUCUGCCCGGCGGAAGGAGCUGCAGAGUGGUGGCCAUAACGACGGUGCAGGGCAACACGGACGUGGACAAUGGAACACUGAAUGCCCUGCGGGUGCUGCACACCUUAAACAGGCGCGAUGUGCCGGUGUUUAGGGGCUGUGCCGAUCCCAUAGUGCCACGCACUUGGCAGUACACCCACCGUUUCCAUGGCCAGGAUGGCCUCAACGAUGUGGGCAACUAUCCCGUCGUCGAUGUGCAGCAGGAACUGCAGCCGGAGCACGCUGUGAAUGCCAUGUACCGCCUGGCCAGCACAAAUCCCGGUCAAGUGGACUUUCUGCUGUGCGGUCCGCUUACCAACUUUGCCAACUGCAUCAAUUUGUAUGGCCGCUCAUUUCUCGAGAAGAUUGGUCGAGUCUACAUAAUGGGCGGCAACAUUUUCGGCAAGGGCAAUGUCACAAAAAGUGCCGAAUUCAACUUCAUGAUGGAUCCCGAGGCGGCGCACAUUACACUCGAGCGAUUGCUGCAGCCGGCGUUCAUCCUGCCCUGGGAGCCCUGCAUCGAUGGAGAGUUCCAGACCAGCCUCGACUGGCGUCUGAAUGUCCUCGGCGCCGUCGAUCAUCCAUUCAUCGAGCUGCUCACGCGUGUGGAACGCUCCAUGCUGGAGCCGCGAGGAUUCGUCAAGUGGAUCAGUUGUGAUGCCCUGCUCACGGCCGCCUAUCUCUUCCCAGCUGCGAUGAUCGCCGAGCAGCGGGAGUACUAUGCCACCGUGGAGCUGAGUGGCCACCACACCCGUGGCCAGAUGGUGCUGGAUCACCUGCGCGGCCGCAAAGUGGACGACAUCCAUGGGAAGAAGAUCAAUGUGCAUGUCAUUAGGCGCCUUAGCAGUGACACGACCUUCCGCACGAUCAUCGCCUGGACGGGAUUCCUUCCCAACAGCGAUAUUGCACAACUAUGCGCUUAACAUCUUAAAUAUAUUUCAAGUUUA